CAGCAACUGGACAAUUCAAUAUGUCCUCCCUCCGAGGCUACACUAUUUAUUUACUACGUUCACAUCAAGUUCACGAACACAGGAAAUGUAGUUGGUUGUUGACAACUAUCAUGGGUAGUAAGUCACACAGCUCAUUGUGUUAUAAAAUACAUGAAAACUUGAUACUGCAAUUAAGUUAAUCAGAUAUAGUCGAAUAAAAUGAGUGCAGUGAGAAGAAAAGAUCGUGUUAAUCAUUUAGCUGUGUUUAAACCAAGGACAAAAAAAGAUGACAAUAAUGAAUUAUCAGAGAGAAUUAUUGUAGAAGCUCGAAGAACAGGCGAAUUAACUCUUUCUGGUAGAGGAUUAGCUACUGUUCCUAAAAGAGUAUGGACUUUACAUGAAUUAACUGAAGGAGAAAUAGCAGAGCUAUAUAGAGAAAUUGACUUUGAUAGUAAUGACAAAGAUCAUUGGUGGGAAUAUGAACCAUUAAAAACUUUGAACCUUAGUUCUAAUAGCAUAACUAACAUCGAUUCAGAAGUUGAAAAUUUAUUAGACCUUGUUGAGUUGGAUAUUCAUGAUAAUUUAUUAGAAAAUUUACCAAAUCAGAUUAGAUCAUUAUUGAAACUCAAAAUAUUGAAUCUUUCACAUAAUAAAUUGACUGAAGUCAAUAUCAAUUUAUACACAUUGGAAAAUUUGAGACAAUUGAAUCUCUCAUAUAAUAGUCUCCAAAAGUUAGAUCCAGCUAUUGGAGAUCUUGUCAUGUUGGAAUCUCUGAAUUUAUCGCACAAUAAUUUGAAAGAAUUGCCAGUAGGGUUGGGAUACCUCGUACGAUUAUGUAAUCUCGACCUGAGUCAUAAUCUAUUGGUAGAGCUACCACCGGAUAUUAUGAGCAUGAGAGUUUUAAAAACAUUGGAUGCAAGUUCUAAUCACUUGGAAGUAAUUCCUGCUUUUGGUGAAUUAAGAAAAUUGGAAACUCUAAACCUUCAAGACAAUAAUUUAUCAGUGUUUCCUAAUAUGACAGGUUGUACUGCUCUACGAGAAUUACUGCUUUCAAACAACAAUAUUGUUGAAAUUGAUAUGGAAUGUUUAGAAGGAAUAGGCCAACUAAAAUCCCUUCUACUAAGUCAUAAUAAAAUAGAGACUAUUCCUGAUGAAAUGAUAAAAUUAUUAAAUUUGGAACGCCUCGAUGCAUCAUUCAAUAAACUAACACAGAUUUCUAAUAGCAUUUGUGUGAUGCCAAAUUUGAAAUACUUUAUAAUUGAAGGAAAUCAAGUUAAAAAUGUACGAAGAGAUAUAAUUCAAUGUGGGACUCCACGAAUUUUGAGACACUUAAGACAACAGUUGGAUGGUGAAUCUAUCGACCUUAAUCAAUCAUCAACUGUAUGCUCUAAUUCUAUCUCAAUGCCAGACAGAUAUACAAUGAAGAAUACCAAACUUCUAAGUCUAACUAACAAAAACCUUGAUUUAAUACCUGAAAAUGUUAUUGAAGAUGCUAUUCUAGCUGAAGUAACCUGUGUUGAUCUGAGCCGAAAUAAAUUAUCACAAUUGCCUGACAAAUUGGCAUUAAUAAAAUUUACAGAAGAUUUGAAACUCUUUUGUAAUCGACUGACAUCAAUUCCAAAUUGGAUCGGAGAGGCCUAUAAUCGUCUAAGAUACUUAGAUCUUAGUAAAAAUUUAUUGUCAUCAUUGCCAGACACAAUUGGAAUGCUUGAACAUUUACGUGAAAUAAAUAUUUCACAUAAUAAGUUUGUCACAGUACCUGAUUGUAUUUAUAAUAUUUUACAUUUAGAAAUAUUGGUUGUUCAUGAUAACCAAAUUGAAGAAAUAAAUGCUGAGGCAUUGUCAAAAUUAAAAAGAUUAGCAACUCUAGAUUUAUCAAAUAAUAACAUAAAGUUUGUGCCUCCUGAGUUAGGAAAUCAAACAAAUCUAAGGACUCUACUUCUUAGCGGAAACUGCUUCAGGCAACCGCGACAUGAAAUGCUAAUGAAAAGCACAGAGGAAAUUUUAUCCUAUUUGAGAAACCGAAUUUGUGAUGCGCGAGUGAGUGCAAUGGAAUCACCAGUCAUGUAUGAAACAGGAGCCCACCAGGUUCAAAAUCAGGGUGUUGGAGAUUUAAAAAAAUCACAAGGACUACCUGGGAAUAACAACAACAGUCCGAACAAUAAUAACAACUCAUCUCUUCAAGUCAAUCACAAUCAACAGACCAGCAGUACAGUAAGCAAAGUAUCGGCAAGCAAGGCCAGUCUUCAUCAACAAUAUGCCGAACACUGUGCCGCUGCUGGUGAAUUAACAGAUUUAAAUAACCCAGAGAUAUCUUUGGAUCUUCAACAUUUAAUUGAUGAUUCUCAUUUUAAUGAUGGACUUUUGGAUAUGCUUAGUAGCGGUAAUGGUGCCGUCAAACAUACUAGAAACACCGGAUAUCCGAGAACAACUUUAGCCUACAUGCCUCAACCAGUUCACAGCGGUGCUAGUUAUCAUCAAAAUAGUAACAGCUGCAGCGAUAGUAAUAGUUCGUCUUCCGAAUCACCUAGUAUCAAAGAAGAGCCAAUGGAUCCGACAGAUUAUCGACGACAUUGUCCUCAAUAUCCUCCUGGAGGAUAUAAUCCUGGUAAUGGUCCUUUUACUAAUGGUGGUCCUACCUUUACUACACUGACACCGUCAGCGGUACCAGGUCAUCCUGUUCAUCAUCAACAUCCUCAACAGCAACAACAAUCUCAACACCAACAACAUCAACAACCACCACGGGGACCUAUGAAACCAGUAAUAACACAUCAACACCAAGCAGCGGCUGCUGCUGCCGCUGCUGCUGCUGCUGUUGCGAGAAAACAAAAUAAAACUAUAGAUAAAGCAAGUGAUGAAUACCGACGACGAAGAGAAAGGAACAAUAUUGCUGUGAGGAAGAGUCGAGAAAAAGCUAAAGUUCGUUCGCGGGAAACUGAAGAAAAGGUUAAACUGCUUGUAAAAGACAACGAUAUCUUGAAAAAGAGAAUUGAGCUUCUGACUGAGGAGCUUACUGUGUUUAGAACCUUAUUCAAUAAUGUUGGCGUUGUACCUGAACAUAUGCACCGGGAACUCGCAAGGCAUUUGGAACCAUUUCAGCAACACACACCUAUGUAGCAUCGUCAUCAGCAUGUGUAGUAGAACAUUUCAGCGCACGUGCAAUUUUCGUGACCUUCGAGACUCUUCGGAAAGUAUCCGGCUGUGAAAGCUCACAAACGUCACUGUACGCCGUUAUAUUUUUAAUAGAUCAUUCCGAUCGAUCAUUUUAGCGAUUUAUUAUUCAAUUUUUGAAUAAUAGAUAUACAGGAUAAACAUACAGUCGGAUUUGCGAUUCAUUUAAUUAAUGAAAUAAUAUUAUCUAAUGAAACUAUUUUGGGUAAAUAAUAAAAAAAAAAGUGCCUUAUUAUCCCAAAUGUUCAAUGAACCUGACUAGGAUUAAAUUUGGACACUUUUAUAAAUUAAUUUUUGUAGAUAAAAAAAAAUAAGAUAAAUUUUUUUAGAAACAUUUAUAUAAAUAGAGAUAAUUGCGCUAUUCGAGCACAUAUUCUAAAGUACCGUCAUUUUUUUUUUUUGAUCUCUCUUACUACUCAAGAUUCAAAACAAGUCUUCGAAAUGGCGGCAUCGACAUUAUAACUUUAACUCCUUGGUACCUUUAUUAUUUUUAUCACGAUGUAAGACUGGGAUAGUUACCCGCACAUAAAAGUACCGAUCAAAUCGUACUGUCAUGACUCAUCUUAAAUAAAAAAAAAAAAUCAUAGAAUAAUAAAUCAUAACUAUAAAAUUAUUAAUUUUACAUUUUAUUAAAAACAAAUAUAUAUAUAAAAAAAAAAUUACUAUAUGUUACAUUGAAAUAGAUCGCAAAUUUCUCACUGUAGAUGUAUAUUUUGUUUGCAUAGCGUUGUGACUAGGUACAAUUAUCAUUAAAUUUGUUAAAUAAAUUAGUGUAUCGCUCUUGUACGAAAAUAUAUUUUGGAUAAAAAAAUAACCCCAUUGAAAUUGGAUAUUAUUAGUAACAAUCGUUUUAUAAAUAUUGCUAAUUUUUUGUUUUAUAUAAAAAACAAUAUCGCAAACAAAAAUAUAAAAUUAUUAUAAGUAAAACAUAGUUACUUUAUUUUGUUUUCAAUAAACAAUGAAAAGAAAAAAAAAAAUUCUUAUGACAUAGCGUUAAUAAAAAUUUUUAAAGAGCUGGAUACACAAAAUCCAAAAUAUAAUUUUGGAGUAAAAUAUCCAUAAAAAUGUACACAGCCUUGUAUUAUAGUUAAUUUUAAGUUAAAUAUAGUAAAAAAUGUACGUAAAAAUUAAUAUAUUUUUUGUUCAAAGAGCGAACAUGAAUACUUGUUUGCAAGGGCCAGGAUGAAUCAUCAGUUUAAGAAAAUAUGAAAAAUGUUAUGUUUCGACAAUAGUUUAUUUUAUUAAAUAGUUGAUAAUAUGUUAAGUAAUAACUGUACGCGUACCACCAAAAUCACUGACAUGAGUUACCGUAAAUAUGUGUGAAGCGGGCUUCAUUGUUCAUUUGUUUGAUUGUUGAUCAUUUUUAUGUAUGACAGAAUAAAUGUGAAUUGUCAUCAUCAUCAUUGUUAUAAUAAUAUCAAGUACACUUAAAGUACAUAAUGAAAAAAAUUCUCCUUUUUACUUUCAAUUCUUUUUUUUUUUUUUUCAUGUCUUUACACUAGGACUUCCUCCUCUUCUUCAUCUAUCCUAAAAAAGAUCUUCUGCUCUUUUUAUUUUGCGCACUGUGUAACCUGGCGGGCAUAAGAUGUACGGGUAUGAAUGUAUAUAAUUUUUAUGCGUGCAGCAUACUCAGAGAUGUGUGUAGUGCGACGCGUGUCGAGUAUGAGAUUACCUGUCACGGUUGUCUUCUUGUCUAUGCACAAAUAUAUUUUGAUAUAAAAAUUUA